AUGAGCAAGGAAGCAAUCGUCAAUAUCAGCCGAAUCAUAUUGAGGACACGGGUUUUCACAAUCCCCGUCUCAGUCAUUACAACCAGACAGCAAACACAGCCCAAAGGGGAGAAAAAGGGGUUAUUUGAUACGGGGAGGGAAGUCAUUGACAGCGAGGACGGAUGGAGUGGACUGUGGAGAGGCCUCAAAGCCAGCCUUGUCCUUGUGGUCAAUCCCGCCAUCACAUACGGAACUUAUCAGAGACUAAAGGACAUCUUAUUCUCUGGCAAGACUAGUCUGAAACCGUGGGAAGCUUUCCUUUUGGGCGCCAUGUCUAAGUCUCUCGCGACAAUCGCAACCCAGCCAUUGAUCGUGGCUAAAGUCGGGUUACAGUCCCGACCACCAGCCAUCCGACAAGGCAAACCAUUCAAGACUUUUGGCGAGGUGAUGAAAUAUAUCAUCGAACAUGAGGGGCCACUAGCGUUGUUUAAAGGAAUUGGUCCUCAAAUAUUGAAGGGUCUGCUGGUUCAAGGAUUUUUGAUGAUGACAAAAGAGCGGGUUGAACUGCUCUUCAUUCUCCUCUUCACAUACCUCCAGAAGCUCAAACAGUCCAGACUGAAGAAGUCUGUUGAGCAAUCAGCGGAGAAGGUAGCCCAGAAGGCGAAGGCCUCUCUCCCCGUAACACUAAAAUAG